AUGAUAAGAGACAUCCCUCAACACAGCAAUAAAGAAGCACUGACGACUAAUCAGAGAAAUUGGACUGACAGAAGUGGUUGGUGGAAGGACACAAUUAAGAAUACACCAUUACCUGGCACUUACCAUAUUCGUGAUUUCAUCGAAGAGACAGGCCUCAAUCCUGUGAGAAUGACCUAUGGAUUUAAAAACACAGGUCGGAGCAAGACGAUUAUGUGUAUGAAAAGCGGGACCAUGCUUCUGCCCGGUGCUUACAAUUUCACUGACUCUACUCAAUAAGUUCACCAAAAUCGAGCAUCCUACUCGUUUAAAAGCUGCCCAAGACCUGACAACUACACACUGAGCAUCAGAGAUAAAGACAUAAACCUUUCUCCAUGCCAUUAUGAUGUGACUGAGAAGACUGUUCCCAAAUCACCUUGCAAGUAUAUUGCUAUUCAUUCAGCCAUGCAACGUCUUCUCUUCCUUCCUAAAGAAGGCCCUGCUCCUGGCUAUUAUACCCCGAAUCUCAGUCCAUCUAAAGCCAUUACCUCCUGCUUUAGAGCUACAGUACCACGUCUUUACAGCAUACACUCUAGGACUCCUGGACCAGGCACAUAUGAGGCCUCAUGGCAGAUCAUGCCUUUGCCACCAAGGACAAAAUAG